CAAAAUGGCGAUGGUCUUAAUGUGCAGACGCCGGGAACUUCUGCGCCUGUUACUACCGCAGCGCCAGUUCCACAGCAUCGCUGGUCCAUCGCCAUGGCCCGGACAGCCGCUGACCCCUGGCCUCCUGUUCCCAGCCGGCCGCCGCUUAGCGCGCCAGCCCUACCUGCUCCGUGCGGCCGCCGGCCCCCGCUGCCUCAGCACCUCUGCCGUGUGGUUGGCAGAAGCGCAGGUUCAGGCCCCUCCGGUUGUUCCUGGCACUCCAUCCUCCACCGUGGUACCUGAGGUGCCUGCUGAGACUGCCGAUGCGAUCCAGGCUGCUGCAGAACAGAGCUUCGCCGAGCUGGGCCUGGGCUCCUACACCCCGGUGGGCCUGAUUCAGAACCUGCUGGAAUUUAUACAUGUUGACCUGGAGCUACCAUGGUGGGGAGCCAUUGCUGCAUGUACAGUCUUUGCCCGCUGCCUGAUUUUUCCUCUCAUCGUGAAGGGCCAACGAGAGGCAGCCAAGAUCCACAACCACGUGCCAGAGAUCCAGAGGUUUACCGCCCGAAUCCGAGAGGCCAAGUUGGCAGGAGACCACGUUGAGUUUUACCGGGCCUCCUCAGAGAUGACACUUUAUCAGAAAAAGCAUGAUAUCAAACUCUUCAAACCUCUGAUUCUACCUCUGACUCAGGCUCCGAUCUUCAUCUCCUUCUUCAUUGCCUUGAGAGAGAUGGCCAACCUUCCUGUGCCCAGCCUGCAGACAGGUGGCCUCUGGUGGUUCCAGGAUCUCACAGUAUCUGAUCCCACCUAUAUCUUGCCCAUGAUAGUCACUGCCACGAUGUGGGGUGUCCUGGAGCUAGGUGCUGAGACAGGGGUGCAAAGUUCUGACCUUCAGUGGAUGAGAAAUGUCCUCAGGGUCAUGCCGCUGGCCGUUCUGCCCAUCACCAUCCACUUCCCCGCGGCAGUGUUUGUGUACUGGUUCUCCUCCAACCUGUUCUCCCUGUGCCAAGUGGCCUGCCUCCGGAUCCCUGCCGUACGCACGGCACUGAAAAUCCCCCAGCGUGUCGUGCACGACCCUGACAAGUUACCUCCCCGGGAAGGCUUCAUAAAGAGCUUCAAAAAAGGUUGGAAGAAUGCUGAAAUCGCACAUCAGCUACGAGAGCGGGAACAACGCAUGCAGAAGCACUUGGAGCUGGCGGCCAGGGGCCCCUUAAGACAGACCUUCACCCACAACCCUCUGCUACAGCCUGGAAAGAGCCACCCUUCCCACACCCCCAGCAGUGGCAGCAGCAGCAACGGCAGCAGCAACAACAAACCAAAGUCAAGACCCUGGCAUGACACACUUGGCUGAUCCGUGUUGUCUGCUCAUUCAGACAGGAACUGUGGCUCUUCAAAGACACAUCCUCAAAAUAAGACUUGAUGCUGUGUCCUUGUCCCAGACCUGGGAGCUGUGAGACAUGGAGAGGCUCUUUUAUGCCUGUGUUUAAAGUGGAUUCCAUUAUAGACUGAACACAUUCGCAUACGAAAACAUUGGGGAUCCAGAUAAUCUUCCCACCCACAGAGUUCACAAACCUCUGUACUACAGGCCGCUUCCCGACACUCAUUAAACAGAAAUGGCAGCGUGCCACAGGAAAA